AUGUGGAAACGGGACACGGGCGCCGAGGGAUUCAUCUCGUCCCUGCGCAACCAGGACGAGGUUGACGCGGUGUGCGAGAAGUAUGACGUACCCAAAGAGUUCACCGCGCGCCCCGCCGGCGACCGGCGCGCGAACUCCACGACGACGCCGAGGACCAUCUGCAUGUACGCAAGCGCGCUGAAGGCCGGGAAGCCCGUCCCGCUGGACCGCUUCUUCCGCGAGGUGCUCGCCCACUUUGGCAUCGCGCCGGCCCAGCUCAAGCCCAACGGGUGGCGCAUCAUGAGCGGCUUCCUCGCGCUCUGCCACUCCGCCGGUGUGCCGCUGUCCCUCACGGUGUUCUGGCAUUUCUUCCUGUUGUCCGUCACCACCCACAAGCACAGAAAAGGCUGGUACUUUUUCCGACACAGGGUAGGCUCCGGCCUGCGCUUCACGGGGAUGCCGAGCCCCAACUCCAUUGCUAUCAAGGACUGGAAACGCGAGUUCUUCUUCCUCUCUUCGCCGGAGCCGUGGCCUUGCUCCGUGGAGUGGGGCGAGCCGUCCAGGAGCGCACUCAUGAAGCCGGUGCUCACCACUCAGGAAAGCAAAUUGGCAGCCAAGUUGUUGCGCGUUCACGGGAGCGUUGCCGUUAAUCUCAGGACGUAUCUCUGCAACGGCCGCCUUGCCGCCGCUCCAUCCCCGCCAAUGCCGCCCCCAUUUACUCCUACUACUCCCAGUUCAAAAGGCAUGGAUCCCACUGUCCACGACAUGAUGAAGACUACGCCGACGGACAAGAUGGCCGCGCAAGCGUCGGCGUCGGCGAAGAAGAGGACUUGGGAGGAAGCCAACGGCGGGGAGGAGGUUCCACCUCUUUCAGUGUUGUCCAGCGUGCGCUCGCCACCGCCACAGCAUUUCUCCAGCAAGCACGGCGGAAAUACCCUGAAGGCUGCACGGGAGCUGCUCGGGAGGAAGAAGAGGACUCGGCAGGAAACCAACGCCGAGGUGGAGCUUUCGACCCUUCCAGCUCUGAACACGCCACUGUCCAGGGUGUGCUCGCCACCACCAGGCUUCCCUAACAGGCUGUACGGAGGCACCACGGGCCGGGACGCUGCACGUGAGCUGCCACAGGGCGCCGUCUCGCCGCGGCCGGAGCCUUCCGGCCUUGCCGCGUCGAGCUACGCAGCGCUUCAGCAGGUAUGCAAGCAAUUGCGAUGCUAA